UUACUGAUGAUCUCGUUGACAGAGACAUGGGACUGGAAGAAGCAGCCAAACGAGUCGCAGUACCUGGACGUCCAAGCCCUGCCCAAGAACGAGAGCAAUCCGGCCACUGGAAACCUUCCGGUCAGCUACAUGCGUGGUUAUAUGUUCCAUGGCCCUGCAAAUACGACUAAUAUAUAUCGGUAUGGUGGGACGAGAUACAUGGGUAACCAAUCCUUCCUCGGAUACACGUCGCCGGAAAGCUCUACUUAUCCAGUGUGGUCGUAUUCGUACAACUCAACGGACUAUCCUUGGGCCCAAUACAAUAUUGGGCAACCUUGGAUGCCAAAUCAUGGUGCCGGUGCGGAGGCCAUCGACCAAGGGCUGGGCUUCUACUUGAACGGACAGAUCGACAAGGGCACUUCAAGCAAAACUUUGAAUAUGGGGUUUGAUGAUGGUCAGUCCCUUUACAUUCCACUGGAAGGAAUGUUGAUCAUCAACCUGGUGGACUUCUCGUCGGCAAAUUUGUCGACAUCGAGUAUGAAUGGAAACGCCCCUAGAGUUGGAGGGACGAUGGAAUAUAUCGCGCCGGUCGGAGAAGCGGGCGUGCUUGUUGCGCUUGGCGGACAGAUACAGCCAAAUCUUCGCAUUGACGAAAAGGCAAAUAGAACACAGGGAGAACUCAUCGAUUUCGAGUCCGUGGAUGUGUUCGAUAUCAAGUCGUACCUCGACGACCCUACUAGUAACGGAACAUGGUAUCAACAGAAUACUACAGGGGAUAUUCCCUCUCCGCGAAUCGACUUCUGCACUAUGAUUACGGUCGGAGGUAAUGUGACUAACCGCGCCGGCUGCGACUGGGAAAGGAAAGGCGUCGCUGUUCUGGACAUGACAACCAUCGGCUGGGGUAGCGUUUUCCGAUCAAAUGUUUCGGAUUUUCAGGUCCCGCAGAAGGUUCUUGGUGCUACAAGAGGAACAGCCGACGGCAGCGCUACUAUCAGUGAGCCAGUUACUGGGUGGUCGGAUCAGGCGCUACGGGACGUUUUCUGGACGUCAAGAUGGACCGUCCCUUCAACCUGGACGUCCUCCUCAUCGAAGUCAAAGACAAACGUUGGCGCUAUCGCAGGCGGCGUAGUGGGCGGCGUCGUAGGCCUCGUCCUGAUCGGACUGGCGCUCUUCUUCUGGAAUCGCAAGCGCAGGAAAGCACGCGCCCCUGCCGAGCUCUCUGGCGACGAAGUCCAGCGCGAACUCGACGACGAGAAGAAAAAAUACGAGCUCCAGGGCGUGAAUGAAAAUGACCCUGCGGAGCUCCCUAGCCCAGACCCAGUAGAAUUGAACGCGCCGAGGGAGUUCGUCGAAGCGGAUCGUGACACCGCGACGAACGCGGCCGAGUUGCCGGGCACGAAUGUGGCUGCGGGCGGUGUGCAUGGGGUCCCGAUUGUGAGGACGCCCGGGGAUGACUUGCCUGAGCCGCCGGUGUAUACGACGGGGCUGAGACGGCGUGGUUCUGCGGGGAGUGGU